UCGGACAGACUGGUUGGAAGUACUCUUCUCAUCAUCGCUCUAUUGGUCUUUAGUUAUUACACUAUUUGGGUAUUUCUUCUGCCUUUUGUACGUCCCGAUCAUGUACUUCAUGCCUAUUUUCUAGCUCCAGAAUGGGCCAUUCGGAUUCCUGUUGGCCUACUUGUUGUUGGGUUUUCGGGGAUUUUUGGAUUUAUUUCAUUGGUAUUGCUUCAAAAUGGGAAAAAGAAA